UGUGUCUGGCUUUCCAGUUCCUAAUGGUUCUAGUGAUUGCAUUCAAUUCAGACUGUUUAAUUGCAAUUGUCUGGUUAUAGACGAGCCCCCAAUAGGGCAUAUAUGGUUGGACUUUGGCCCUCUAUAAAUCCAUCACGAUGACUGCACAUUUCGGCUCACGAGACCGCCGUUUAAAAUGUUUUCGCUGUGCUCGAUUAAUUAGUGGAUCGCCCCCGAAAGCCGAGUUAUAAAUUAAGCGGUUAGUACGGGGACAAGCUCAGACUGACUGAAAUAAUGGCCUGGAAUAUAGCUCUGCUGAUCUGCUUCUGCUGUCUGAUGGCAAUGGUUCGGAGUAAUCCCGUGGAUGUGGACUGUACUCGUCGUCAGGAUUUCAAUACUGUGAAGGACUGCUGUGCAUAUCCCACAUUUCGGUUUGAUGAGUACAAAAAGCAAUGUGGUAAAUAUAUGCCAGUUGGUGCUCCCAGAAUUUCACCCUGCCUGUAUGAGUGCAUUUUCAAUGUGACCAACUCCUUUGUGGAUGGGGUUAUUGAUCCUGAUAAUGCACGAAAUAUGCUGGAUAAGCUCUUUGGCAGUAAUCAGGACUUUACGGAUGCCUAUUUCAAUGGCGUAAUGAGCUGUACGGAUACUGUGCAGGAGAUGAUGAGGAACAGAAGAGCUCGUCCGCAAAAUAGAACCGGACAGUGCUCUCCAGUCGCACUUUUCUACGGCGUCUGUGCCCAGAAAUAUGUCUUCAACAACUGUCCAUCGACUAGUUGGUCGGGCAGUGAAUCAUGCGAAUUGGUACGAUUGCAGAAUCUAAACUGUCCGAGUUCAAAAUCAUCACAUGGUUCUAGUCAUCGAAUACUUUAACGCC